AUGGUUACGUUUACUUUUAACGUUAUUUUUCCACAGGCUCUGAACUGUCGCAUAAAAACUGCACCUGCUAAAGAAAAUGAAUUGAAAAGAAUAUAUUCGUCAUGUUUAAGAAAGCAAGGACAGAGGAAUAACACUAAUAGUCAAAGAAAUAAUGGAGAACAUAGCACUUGGAGCACUACUUGGGAAUACACUCCUAAAACAACUUACGACCAGGAAAGGACAACUAACCAAAAUGACAGAACAACCAAUUCAAAUGCGAGAAUUACCAAUAAUUAUAAACAUAAGGAUAGAAUUGGAGUAACUGAUGCAAUGACAACAAGACAUGACAUUGACUACACUAGGGACGAUGAGCUUGAAGAAAGCACUGACGGAGAAUCGGGGGGAAGCGAUAUGAAUCAAGGUUCAUAUAACAACGAUCGACCUAACGGUGGAGAAUACAAACUAGGUGACGAUUAUAAUGAAGACUCGCCUCAGUACGAAAAUGAUCGCUCAUUAUCCAAACUUUCCGAACGACAGAAGCGUGACAAGCGGAACGAGAUGAACUCUGGACAGCGAAGCCAGUACAACCCUAAUACAAAGAAACGUUCAGAUGAAAAUGAAAGUAGACGCGAUGGAGAACAGGACUCGCAUAACAAUGACGCGGAAAAAAAAUCUAAGAAUAUUCCAUGUGCUUUACACUGUUUUAUGGAGAGUUUGCAAAUGACCGACGAUGCCGGAAUGCCUAAUAAGUAUUUGGUUACGCAAGCAAUCACAAAGGAUAUACAAAAUGAAGAGCUGAAGGACUUCCUUCAAGAAUCUACAGAUGAAUGUUUUGAAAUGUUAAGCGCAAAUAGAGGGGAUAAAUGCGAAUUUUCGAAGAAUCUACUUAUGUGCCUUUCAGACAAGGGCAAAUCUAACUGCGAUGAUUGGAAGGACGACGUCCAAUUUUAA